AUGGACCUGUUCUCCGCCGCCUGCGAGAACUUCGGUCUGGUCAUCAACACACAGAAGACCGUGGUGAUGCAGCAACUGCCACCCAACUCGGCCACAGCCCCCAACGCGCCGCCGCAAAUCAGCGUGAAUGGUACCCAACUGCAAGUGGUGGAGAACUUCCCGUACCUGGGCAGUACUCUCUCCCGAAACACCAAGAUCGACGACGAAGUCGCCAACAGGAUCUCGAAAGCCAGUCAAGCCUUCGGACGCCUCCAAAGCACAGUUUGA